UGUUAUUGCAGCCUUCAUUUGAAGGAUGAAGCGUUGGACUUCUUGGAGGAAGAUACAAUCAGAAAUUUGGUAAAGAAAUACUCGCAAUUUAUUAAUUUCCCUAUAUACCUCUGGAGUAGCAAAGUGAUUCAAGUCGACGAGGAUGAGGAGGAAGAGAAACCAGUAAAGGAUGAUGCAAGCGAGAAGGAAGAGUCUACCGAAGAUAAAGUAACAGAUGAAGAGGAGGAUGCCAAGGUAGAAGAUGCAGAAGAAGAGAAGAAAAGCAAAAAAGUUGACAAGACUGUCUGGGACUGGGAACUGCUGAAUGAUUCCAAACCGAUAUGGACUCAGAAACCAUCCGAAGUAGAGGAGAAAGAUUACAACGAUUUCUACAAGGCACUAACGAAAGAUACUCAAGAACCUUUGGCGAAAAUUCAUUUUGUGGCAGAAGGAGAAGUCACCUUCAAAUCGCUUCUCUUCAUCCCCAAAGUUCAACCUAGCGACAGCUUCAAUCGCUACGGCACCAAAGCAGAUAACAUCAAGUUAUACGUGAGGAGGGUCUUCAUCACCGACAAAUUCACCGACAUGAUGCCUAAUUACUUAUCCUUCAUUCGUGGUAUAGUCGACAGCGACGAUCUGCCGCUUAAUGUAUCACGUGAGAACUUGCAACAGCACAAGCUCAUCAAAGUAAUCAAGAAGAAGUUAAUUAGGAAAGUAUUGGACAUGAUGAAGAAAAUUCCUAAGGAAGAAUACGAAUCGUUCUGGAAAGAAUACAGCACAAACAUUAAACUGGGUGUAAUGGAGGAUGCUCAGAAUCGCGCUAGAUUAUCGAAACUCUUCAUGUUUCAUUCAUCCGCGCAGAAAGGUACCACAUCUUUGGGGGAUUACGUCUCUCGCAUGAAGCCCAAUCAGCAAUACAUUUACUACAUUGCUGGAACCUCCUUGGAAGAGGUGAAGAAAUCUCCAUUCGUUGAGAGGCUAAACAAGAAAGGUUACGAAGUUCUGUACUUGACCGAGGCUAUCGAUGAAUACGCCAUCUCUGCUUUACCUGAAUUCGACGGCAAGAAGUUCCAGAAUGUCGCGAAAGAAGGAUUCUCGCUUGAUGAGGGAGAGAAAGCCAAGGAAAGGAUGGAACAUAUGAAAACCACCUUCGAACCUCUGGUCAAAUGGCUGAACGAUGUCCUGAAAGAACACAUCAGCAAAGCUCAGGUGUCUGAACGCCUCACAGAGUCUCCGUGUGCUUUAGUUGCCAGUAUGUUUGGAUGGACUGGAAACAUGGAGAGACUGGCGAUUUCGAACGCUCAUCAGAAAAGCGACGAUCCACAAAAGACUUACUACUUGAACCAGAAGAAGACGUUAGAGAUUAAUCCAAGGCAUCCACUCAUCAGAGAACUACUGCGUCGAGUAGAAGUGGACACUAAUGAUCAGACAGCGAAGGAUAUAGCUUUGAUGAUGUUCAGGACAGCUACUCUUCGGUCUGGGUACAUGCUCAGAGAAACUGCUGAUUUCGUGGACAGCGUAGAACAACUGAUGAGGAAAACUUUGGGAAUUUCCCUAGACGAAGUACCGGAAGAAGAGGAACUCCAAGAGGAGGAAUCUGCUUCGAUGGAAUCAGACGCCGAAACAGAGAAGAUCAUCGAUAUGGAUAUGAACGAAGAAGACAAAGAUGAGGAGAAACACGAUGAACUGUAAUCUAGAACUGCAUUGCACAAGAUUAACUUUUAUAGCCGUAUAAUUAUACAAUGUAUAGUGAUGUGGUAUUUAAUUCAGUCGUGCAACUAUUGGUGUUGCAAAUUAAAACGAACUGUUAUAAUUGUACAGAUACAAAGAGAUCAAAGUAAUCCUUUGAUGGUUCUUUGCAGCAUUUAAAGCGUUUUGUAAUAAUUUUAUUGCAAAGAUGCAUAGAAUGAUGUGAUAAAUACGCAAAGGUGACAUAUUUCGCUAAUUAAGUUCGUCAUCAUCGUACUUUGUAGGAUCUCAUGUGUUCCACGUUCGAUAACGAAUUAUUGUUAUAAUUUAUUUGAUUUGAUCUUCCACUUUUUUAUAGUAACAUAAAGAAAUCACUGACUGAACAUAAGUAUAGAAUGUUUGUGAUGCGAGUGAUUGUAUUUGUAUAAAAGGAUAUUAAAAAAUUAUUGGAGUAGCAUUUAUUAUUAUGUUUUCUUUUUUACUUGAGCAGUACCGAUUAUGUAAUAAAUUAUUAUUAUAGUA